AACCAGGCCACCGGCUCGGAGCAGGCGCAUGCGUGUUGAGUCCUGGCUCUUCAGCAUGGUUUCAUCGCUCGCUCUCUUGUCUCUGCUGUGGCUCCUGUCCAGUCCCGGCCUUCAGCUAGGAAGUACCCAGGCGCCCACCAUGGUACAGCUGCCGGGUGGGCGAUUUUUGAUGGGGACAGAUGCUCCAGAUGGCAGAGAUGGUGAAGGGCCUGCCCGGGAAGUGACGGUAAAACCCUUUGCCAUUGACAUAUUUCCGGUCACCAAUAAAGAUUUCAGGGAAUUUGUCCGGGAGAAGAAAUACCGGACUGAGGCUGAGGCCUUUGGGUGGAGCUUCGUCUUUGAGGAUUUUGUCUCCCCGGAGCUUAGAGAUCAAGGAAAUCAGAUGCCGUCUGUUCUCUGGUGGCUACCAGUGCAAAAGGCGUUUUGGAGGCAGCCUGCAGGUCCCGGCUCUGGCAUCCGAGAGAAACUGGAACUUCCGGUGGUACACGUGAGCUGGAACGAUGCUGGCGCUUACUGCGCAUGGCGGGGAAAGCGGUUGCCCACCGAAGAAGAGUGGGAGUUUGCGGCCAGAGGGGGCUUGAAGGGCCAGGUUUAUCCAUGGGGAAACCAGUUCGAGCCAAACCGCACCAACCUGUGGCAGGGAAAGUUCCCCAAGGGUGACGAAGCCGAAGAUGGUUUUCAUGGACUGUCACCAGUGAAUGCUUUCCCCCCACAGAACAACUAUGGACUAUAUGACCUCAUGGGCAAUGUGUGGGAGUGGACGGCAUCCACCUACCAAUCUGCUGGCCAGGACAUGCGUGUCCUCCGGGGGGCAUCGUGGAUCGACACAGCAGACGGCUCGGCCAAUCACCGGGCUCGGGUCACCACCAGCCUGCCUCCACUGAAAGUUGUAAGAGAAGCACCGCUGACCGUGGGAAGUAAACAUGGGUCCCUGAGACAGCCCGGGGACCCCUUCCUGAGACUCAGCAGCGGAUGGGCAACACUCCAGACUCCGCCUCAGACAACCUGGGCUUCCGCUGCGCUUCCAGCACAGGCCGACGGAAGGAGGAUCUGUGAGCCUCCAGGCAGGGAUGGAGAAAGCCCCACUGAGUACUGUGUCUCCCUGACCAUGUUCCAGAGGCAUCUGGAUACCGAGUUCUUCAUCAGCCUGCGGGUGGCUUCUCUUUGAGCCCCUUCUCUCUGGCAGACACCUCUUAAGGGCAGAAGAACACUCAACCCAAGAGGCGACUAUCAUAGCCUGGAAGAGGAAGGCCAGGAUGAUCAUGACCAUGGCUGGGAGCUGGCUGGGUGUUUUCUCCGAAGUACAUAUUAGGGACAAAGGACCCAAACACUCUAAUAUCUGGAGUCAUUCUCCAAAAGACAGCGAUCGAAAAAUCUCCCCCUUUCAGCCAGACGGUGGUGGUGCACUCCUUUAAUUUCAGCACUUGGGAGGCAGAGGCAGACAGAUCUCUGAGUUCGAGGCCAGGCUGAUCUACAGUGUUAGUUCCAGGACAGUCCAGGCUACACAGAGAUACCCUUGUCUGGGGGUGGGGGUAGGAGGAACCUCUUCCUUUUGCUUUCUUCCUCUUAAUUCAGCUUUCACUUCUGGGAAAUCCUGUAGAAGGAAAAUGCUUCCUUUUGUGUUGGUGCCUAAAGCCCCUCUGAGGGAACCCCUAGCCUCCCUGUCCAUCGUUUGAAACAGGGUACUCACCAUGUGGCAAGGCUGUCUCAAACUCUCAGUCCUCUGACCUCAGCUUCCUGAGUGCUGGGAUUAUACACGGUGCCCAAGUAUUAAAACGAUCUGGUAGAGCAAAUAAUCUGCCAGGUGACACUGUGCACUGUGGGAGUAACAAGAUCCGUGCUCCUCUAGGAAGACAAAUGUCAGAGACUUCUCCUCUGAGUGUUACUCAUGGAGGGGCUUCUGUGUACCUCUGCAAACAUGUCCCUGGACAGACUGGAGCUCAUGGUGUCGCUGGAUCUCAUAAGGUCAAUAAACUCUGCAUUUGUGUAUAUCA